UCAUUGAGGCAGCAAAUGAAACUGAACGUUUUUGUUAAGAUAAGCUGAUAAGUCAAUAUCAAUCCAUGACGUCAUGCUGCUUCUUCUCUCCCUCUUCCCCUGACAUGCUUCCUCACUCUCUCAAACCCUCAAUGCCACUCACCACUCCACUUCCAACAACAACAACAAGAAGCUUCUUUAGGAAGAGAACGAGAACUGGGUCUGUAACUGUGAGACCUCUCUUUUGUGCCCUCAACAACAACAACGCUUUGCAGUACAGGAAGCUUGGUGAUUCUGACCUCAACAUCAGUGAAAUCACUCUCGGUACUAUGACAUUUGGGGAGCAAAACACAGAGAAAGAAUCUCAUGACAUCCUCAGUUAUGCAUUUGAGCGCGGUAUUAAUGCUCUGGACACUGCUGAGGCUUAUCCAAUUCCAAUGAAGAAAGAGACGCAAGGAAGAACUGAUCUCUAUAUUAGUAGCUGGAUGAAGUCUCAACCUCGUGACAAGAUUAUUUUAGCAACAAAAGUGUGUGGUUAUUCUGAGAGGUCAAGUUACUUACGAGACAAUGCAACUGUUUUGCGGGUUGAUGCCGCAAAUAUCAAAGAAAGUGUGGAGAAAAGCCUUAAGCGUCUUGGCACUGAUUAUAUUGAUUUAUUGCAAAUUCACUGGCCAGAUCGCUACGUGGCAUUGUUUGGUGAGUUUUUUUAUGAUCCUUCAAAAUGGAGGCCCAGCGUGCCAUUUGUUGAACAGUUGCAAGCAUUUCAGGAACUUAUCAAUGAAGGAAAGGUACGCUACUUAGGUGUUUCAAAUGAGACUUCAUAUGGAGUGAUGGAGUUUGUCCAUGCAGCUAAAGUUGAGGGGCUUCCAAAGAUUGUCAGCAUUCAAAACAGCUAUAGCUUGCUUUUUAGAUGUCAUUUUGAACUUGAUCUCGUGGAAGUUUGCCAUCCAAAGAAUCACAAUAUUGGGUUACUAGCUUAUUCCCCACUUGGAGGUGGAACACUCUCGGGGAAAUACAUAGAUAUAGAUUCUGAAGCUGCAAAAAGUGGAAGGUUGAACCUCUUCCCUGGCUACAUGGAAAGAUACAACAAAUCAGUGUCACGGGAAGCAACUAUAAAGUAUCUUGAGGUGGCGAAGAAGCAUGGUCUAACUCUUGUUGAGCUUGCGCUUGGAUUCGCAAGAGACCGUCCAUUCAUGACAAGUUCAAUUGUGGGCGCAACCUCCGUGGAUCAACUAAAAGAAGACAUUGAUGCUUUUACAACAACUCAGCGGCCUUUACCAGCAGAAGUCAUGGCAGACAUUGAAGCUGUCUUCAAGAGAUACAAGGAUCCUGCUAUUCUUUAAAGACUAUACUUCUCAAUUUUUCAUGGAUUACUAAAUCACUCCUAUUGAUUUAUCCUGUGUCCUCAUUUCUCCAAUUUUUUUGACAGGAUUAAAAUAAGAGGACGAGUACAUAAUAAAUCAAUACAUGAAAACUAUAGUGUAUUAAUAAAACUAACUGCAUUACUUACUUCUAAGGGCAUUGUUAUUGGCGCCA